AUGGCAUCGGACGGACUCAAGGUCGUCUUUGGUGGGGCUGCCCUAGGCAACUAUGAGUACUGGCAGAACGAUGACACCAUCAAGGAGGUGUUUGAUAUUCUCGAGGCCCAUGGGGCCAAGGUCAUCGACACUGCGCAGCUCUAUGGCGAGUCCGAGAAGAAGCUCGGUGAGCUCAAGGCCGGAGAGAGAUUCACCAUUGACACCAAGUGGCUCGGUGGAUGGACUCCUGGCUCAACCACCAAGGACAAAAUCGUCAGCACGGCCAAGGAGAGUAUCAAGAAGCUGGCUGUGGAACAGGUCGACAUCUUUUACAUUCACGCCCCCGACAAAGAGACGCCGAUCGAAGACACGGUCGCCGGGGUGAACGAAGCGUACAAGCUCGGGCUGUUCAAGCGCUUCGGUCUGUCCAACUACUCGGCCGAAGACGUCCAAAAGGUCUACGACGCGUGCAAGGCGAACGGCUACGUGCUCCCGACAGUGUACCAGGGCAACUACAGCCCCGUGACGCGACUGCAGGAGACGCGACUGUUCCCGACGCUCCGCAAGCUCGGCAUCGCCUUCUACGCCUACUCGCCCAUGGCCGGCGGGUUCCUGACCAAGACGGCGCAGCAGGUCAAGGACGGCGCGGGCCGGUUCAGCGCCCAGGCCCUCGGCGGCAUGUAUCGAGACAUGUACCUGAAGGACUCGUUCCUGAACGCCCUGGCCAAGUGGGAGGUCAUUGCCAACGAGGAAGGGUGCUCCCGCGCCGAGCUGGCCUACCGCUGGGUCACGUUCAAUUCGCCGCUGAAGAAGAGCUACGGGGACGCCAUCAUCGUGGGCGCGAGCACGAAGGAGCAGCUCGAAGAGACCCUCAAGGGCUUGGAGAAGGGCCCGUUGAGCGAGAAGGCGUGCAAGGGCAUCGACGAGAUCUGGGAGGGUGUCAAGGAUGAGGCGCCGUACGAUAACUUUUCUCGAUAG